UAGCAAAUCCCUUUCACUGUCACUGUCACUGUCAAACUUUAAAUCAACCAAACAAAAACAGUAUUAGAAAUAUGUAGAUAUGAAAUGUAACUCAAUUUGAUGAUGUUUUGCUAAUAAAUUUGAACACUUUCUAUAAUUGUCUAACAUGGAAGAAGCUGGCAAACUAUCCUUAAAACGAGUGGAGCUUUCUCUAACAAAAUUUAACGAAGUAGCAAUCCCUCAUCACUUGGAUUUGUUGCGACAACACAAAACUAACAUCAUCAAGUAUGGCGAGAGCGGGGACACGCGGCGGCUGCGCGCGGAGCAGACGCACGCGCGCCGCGUGGCCGGCCAGCUGCGCGCGCUGCUCGCUGAGAUGGACGCCCUGCGCGCUCAGGUGCGGGAGGAGGACCGGGCGCGGUUCGACGCGAUGACGCAACGCACGCGCGACCUCACCCUGCGCGCCAUCGUCGACUACCUCGGUGUGAUAGAGCGCAGCUGCAGGGGGCUGGUGGGGGCGGGGCGCGAGGGUGCGCGGCGCGGUGAGCCUCUUCCUGCCCCGCAUGUCCCCGCACGUCCCCGCACGUCCCCCCUCGCGGAGUCCUCGCCGGUGACGAUCCGUCGCCUGGAGGCGGAGGUGGGUGGGGCGGGGGCGGAGGCGGAGGCGGGCAGCGCGCGCUCCACAGACUCUGAGGCGGCGCUGCGCGAGCGCGAGGCGGUGCUGCGCGGGUGGGGGGAGCUGCAGGAGGAGGUGCGCGCGCUGCACGACGCCUGGCGCCACGUGCACGAGGCGGCGCGGCUGCAGCGCGAGCGCGUGCAGUCGGCCGACGGCGCCGUGGAGACGGCGGCGCAGGAGGUGACCGCGGCGCGGCAGCACCUCUCCGUCGCGCAGAGGUGGGUGCGGCUCGAGGUGCAGCGGGCGCCGGCGCCGCAUACCGGGAUGAGCGUGGGGCUGGCGAGCGCGGGGUGCGCGGUGCUGGGCGCGGCGGUGGGCGGGCCGGUGGGGCUGCUGGCGGGCGCCAAGGCGGGCGCCAGAGAGAAUUGCACAAGAACAUUCGAGGAGCUGUGA